AAAUAUUGAAAAUGAGUAAAAGGAUUAAUAAAAAAUGCCGAUUUAUAUAAACAAGAUGGUUUAAUGAGCGUUGCGAUUUAAAUACAGAAACGAACAUUAAAAUAAUUGUUCGCAAUAUAGAAUCAUGUAUAUAAAUAAUGCUGGACCGGUUAUCUCUCCUCUCAGGAUGUCAUCUUCUGGUACGCACGGCGCGGGUGGUGUCAGUUGCUGCUAUUUCAGAUGUUGCACAUGCAUACAUAUAGAAUUUUUUAAAUCAUUACCGGGAAUUGUAAAAAUUAUGGAAACGGUAAGUAAUUAUAAUGGCACAUACAUUAUCGAGAUAAUGUUCAACUCUUUAGCCUGCUUCCUGUAUUUAAGCUCAGCAUCCUAUUUAGCAUUUGCUACAAAAUUAUAUCUAAUGCCUGAGUAUUAUGUGAGACCCGGUUUCGACGUUUAUCCUGCUAUGACAGCUGCUUAUAUCUUAAGUGGUAUUGUGGGAGUAUUGCACGGAGCAGAUGCAUAUUUAUCCUUCAUGCAUUACAAAACUGGAAGAUAAAUCAUGGUAAUAUGCCAAUAGUAUAAUUUUGUGAGGAAAAGUGGCAAUUAUAUAAAUAUUAAACAACCCUAGACAAAUAUUCAGAUAAACACAAGUCUUGUCGAAGAAUAAUAGAAUAAAAUAAGAAUCGAAAAGACUUUGAUUUUUUAUCAUAUAAUAUAACUAU